GAGAGGUUGCACGCAAGUAAAUGUGUGAAGGCUGUAAACUCUACCUACAGUUGUUCUCCCGACAACAGCUGAUGUAUACACAAGAAGUUGCAUUUUAUAUAGAUAACAAAAGUGGCAAAACGAAAACGCGCGGCGGAGGUAUGCAACGCUGAUCGCGGCGCACUUCUAUUCGCUUGAUUUACCACUGAGCUAGCACAUCGCGUAAAAAUACAAUAAAAGCUAGAGCUUUCAUUAAAAUCGUCGCGACCAACAAAUAUUGGAAAACAAGGAAAGACACACCAUGGCUACCCUGGACGCUGGUAAAUUCAAAAUCGAGAAGCGAGAGCUCCACGUCCCUUCCCUCGAUGAAGUAAAAAAUGUGUUCAUUGACGCGCUGAGGGAGAACUUUGCCGAGGCCGAGAUCGAAGUCGUCGAUUGUCCCGAUUUGACGCAGGAGCCGUUCACCCUGUCAGCUCCGGGUCUCGGUGGGAGAGUGAACAUCCUGGAAAUCGGCGGUCCCCCGUUUCUACUUCCGACGGUGCAGAGGGACAAAGUUUACGACAUCCAGUCCCUGCUGAAAGACCUCAAGUACGGCGACAGGGCCUUCGUCGCGGGUGCCGGAGCCGGACCCUGGCCCUACCUCGGCACCAAUUGCGAGAUGAUGAUGAACGUGAUGAUGGACUCGGCCAAGUUGAAGAACGGCACGCGCAUCGCCUCGGUGGAGAAAAGCGAGGGGAGUUGUGUGCUUGAAACGUUGAAGGGCAACGAAACGCGAUUCUCCCUGUUGGCCAAUCUAUUUCUCUGCGAGGGUAUACCGGGAAAGGUGCUCAAGGUGCACGCGAAGCAGCGAAUCGGCAACAAGGACUUCAUAGCCACUAUGCAGCAGGCCUUGGCAGAGCACUACCGGGACAAGCUCGUUGGUCUCGGAGGUACAUUCGUCAUGAUGGAGGGCAAGGCCAAGCAGCACGUGAUGCCGGAUUUCUCGGAGACGCCGCUCGACAGCGUCAAGCAGCUCGACCACUGGCUCAAGUUUUACGACAUGUCCGCGCCCUUGAUUGCCGUCGGGACUUUCGUCUCCGCGGAAACGGAGCUCGAUCUGCGAGUCCAGCAUUUCCACAGUUUCUCCCAUCAUGGCGAGGGUGGGCACUACCACAUCGACACUACGCCGAAUGACGUCGAGUAUCUAGGCUACUUCAACCUCAGCGAGGUGCUCUACAGGAUCGACCAGCCGCCAAAUACCCUUCAGUUCGGCAAGGAUUGAAUUUUUUUGUUUCAUUGUACACUUAUUGCGAUAUCACGCGCGCACUCGUCCGUGGACGUUGUUCUUUUGGUGAAAAAUAAUAAUAUUUUAUAUAGCGCGAUUGUUGAAAAAAAAAAAGUGAUAAUUUAGUAUACGCCCGUUUGCAAUAAAUACUCCAAGUGCCCAUUGAGAACAUGUCACUCGACCGCACCGCCGAUGUUCCACAAUGUUGUUCAGAUUUGUACAAUCGAGUUUUAUGCAAUAAAGCGCACUCGUUGGGAAAAUAAAAAUAAAAAAAAAAAGA